GCGUUGACAAGGCGCCAUAAUUCUCGCAUGGUAGGAACCACCUACCUACCUAGGUAGUCAACAUGGCCGAUAUCUCGAUCAACGUGAGAGGUCACCUGAACUGGCUAUGGCAAUAUCAAAGCUUCCAUUGUCAUCGUCUAUGCUAGAGCGAGUCGAUGGCAGACGACGGUCGGCCACCGGGAUGGCCUUCGUCCAACUGAUAUUUCCGGCUGGUCCUGUCUUUGUGCUGGAUGAAGUUCAAGGACAGCACUUCGUGCUGCCUGGUGAUCCAACAGUCAAUGGAAACGACAAGACCGUGCUUCGAGGAAAGGGACGGUGCUGGGUACUUCCACUAUCUACCGACUCACCCGAGGAACGCGCCUGGCUGAUCGAGGCCGAAGGCAGCGACACACUCAUCUCUGCCCAGUACGGCGAGUCCCAGCUCCCGGAGACGGAGGCAGAGGCAGGAGACGCCAAACUGAAGGCAGUAGUCGCGGUUACGGUUCACGCCCAAAAUGCCGUGUUGACAUGGCACGCACCGCGGCCGCACGCAGACGUCCACGGCGCCGAGUACGUCCUCGACUUCCCCGGCGGGUCCGAGUUAGCCGACGCCUUGGCCGGCUUCUACUGGGGUACCAUGCUCCCAUGCGUCGUGGAGCGCACGCGCGCCGCCGCCUACCCGGACUGGUCCGGCUUCGUCAUCAGCACGCUUGCCGAUAAGUACGUCGGCACCUACCCGGACGUGGACCACGAGUUCCAGAUCAAGGGCCGCCUGGCCGCCGGCAGCGCCCUGGACCUGGACGUCGUGCGCCGCAUGAUGGAGCUGCAGCUACGCCUGAUGCGCGAAGACCCCUGCGGCCUCUGGCGCAAUCCCUGCGCCGUCCAGCCGUCCGGGGCGCGCGAGUACCACGUCCGGCGGAACAGCCUCGACGGGCGCGAGAACGCCGAGAUGUUUCUCGUCACGGGGAACGUGGAGGUGGUCGAGUCCGUGUGGCAGUACGUCGCUCGGACCAAGGACUUGGACUGGCUGCGUCUGCACCUGGCAGACCUCGAAGGGGCUAUUUCGUGUGUCGAGGGCUGCAUGGACCCGCGCGGUCGUCUGUGGUCCGACGUCUACUACGAAGGCCAGGUUAUCAAGGACGGGCGGGAGACGCUCGCCGCCGCCCUGGCCAUGCGCUCCUUUGAGCUGAUGGUCGAGCUGGAGCGGCUUUUAGAAAGAAGCGAGCAAGCUGAACGCUACGACAAACUCGCUUGUAAGCUCCGCGCCGCCAUCGCCAAGCCACUGCCCGUCGGGUACUGGGACGUGGAGCACUCGCGCUUCGUUGACUGGGUCGACCGGUCCGGCCUCGUCCACGACCACCUCCACCUGCUAGCCAACGAGCUGCCCGUGCUGUUCGGCGCCGCGUCGCCGGCGCAGGAGGCCGCCGUGCUCGACCUCCUUCGUAGGGAGGAGCGCGAGUACCAGCGCUUCCCCAGCUUCCUGGCCGCGCGCAUCGCCGACUACACGCCCGGCGAGAUCGGCGACGGCGGGCCCUACGACCUCUGCGCCGCCGGCCGCUACUGGUGCUGGGACGCCGCGUUCUGGGCGCGGCGCGGGCGCGGCGACGUGGUGAUCGCGCAGCUGCGCCGCGUCGCCGAGAUGGGACGGCCCGCCCUGGCACGGCGCCGCCCACUACUACGAGUACCCCUGCGUCUUCGCCUGGGUGUUGAUGGUCGAGUACCUGGGCGUACGGGCCGCGCUGGGCUCUGCGGAUCUGCGCAUUGCGCCGCGCGCCGCCGGGCCUUGCUCCGUGACGCUGAACCAGGAGGCUUAUCGGCUGCGGUACGAAUACUGUCCGGGCGGGCAGGAGGCAGGGGGGUCUGGCUCUCCAUAUUUCACGCUGCAGAACCUGGCAUCGGCCAGCCGGACGUUCGAGCUCGACCUCGACGCCCUUUUUCCGGAGGCGAGUAUAUUGCUGAUCCGGCAUGGGGAUACGAGCGAGGAAGGUGACUUGUUUGAGGGAGUCCCUGCCAUGGUUGGCCCUGCGGCUCAAUUCAGCGUGCAUCCUGCAUUAUGAGUGAUGUCUCUCAGCUAGCUGUAGUUGUUUGGGAAAAGCCGCAUAUGAGCACAUGAUAGCCUGUCGGGAUACGAUACACCUUGGAAGAUCGCAAAUGGAAAGGCACAAGAAGAAAGGUGAAGAUGACAUUCUCAGAAACCACGCAACUAUUUCAAUGCCGACCAUGCCAAGAUGUGGUAGUUACCGCAAGGUCCUGCUGCUCCAUUUUUCUUCCCGUAAAGUCUCAC